CAGCCAUUCUGCACCCUCCGCAGCCUCUCACUAGUGUCGCAUGUCCACUAUCCAGAACCUCCAAUCCUUUGACCCCUUUGCUGAUGCAACUAAGGGCGCCGACUUACUCCCGGCCGGGACCGAGGACUACAUCCAUAUAAGGAUCCAGCAGCUCAACGGCCGCAAGACGCUGACCACCGUGCAGGGCAUCUCGGACGACUAUGACAAGAAGAAGCUCGUGAAGGCCUUCAAGAAGAAAUUCACCUGUAAUGGUACUGUGAUCGAACACCCUGAGUACGGAGAGGUGAUUCAGCUUCAGGGCGACCAGAGGAAGAACAUUUGCCAGUUUCUUCUGGAGGUUGGCAUUGUUAAGGAGGAACAGCUUAAGGUUCAUGGAUUCUAAAAUGAGCCUGAACACCAGGAGAAUUUCUUGAAUAGUUAUCUCUGGACACGGUUUGGCUGCCUUGUGAAAUGCUUCUCUGCAGUAAACGGACUUCUCAUUUAGUUAAUCACUCCAGGUUCCAUUCCCAUCUGCAUGCUGUCAGAGACCAUGGGGUAUGUAGGCCAGUAACACAUAAGAAAAUUGCAGUAAGAUGGUAAAGAAAUCACAUCCUCAUCUUAACAUGUUUCCGAUGGUUUUGUGUGUCCAUUUGUUUGUUUUCCAGUUUGUUACUUUCCACUUGAUUAAAUGUUGUUUUGUUGUAUUAGACCAUGUAUGUUGCAGCUUCAAAUAAAAUGAAAACUUAGAAAAAAAAA